UCGGGGAGGAUUAAACGCUGCGUAUUAAGCACAGCAGCUUCCUCCAGAGCAGAGGAUCCGUUCCCAUCCGCAUACCCCUUUUCUAAACAUCUCUCUUAAUUUUGAAUAUUAUCUGCAAAUUUGCCAAUCGGAAUCGUCUAUGGCUGGAACAGCGGAGAUUGAUCCCCAACUGGUUAUUUCAUACAAAUUUCCUGAGUCAACCUACAGCUAUACUGAAAGGGACGCUGCACUAUAUGCACUUGGUGUUGGAGCUUGCUCGAGAGAUCCGGUGGAUGAUAAUGAGCUGAAAUAUGUUUACCAUCAGGAUGGGCAACAAUCAAUUGAGGUUUUGCCAACAUUUGCUAGUUUAUUUUCUGCUGGACUUCAGUCACAGAUUAUAGAGAUGCCUGGUUUGGUAUUUGACCCUCGUCUUCUAUUACAUGGGCAACAGUACAUAGAGAUAUACAAACCUCUUCCUUCUAAUGGCUGUAUACUUAAUAAGGCUACGGUUUCUGGGUUGCAUGAUAAAGGUAAGUCAACGGUUCUCGAGGUUGAGAUUUUAAGUUAUGAAAAAGAGUCUGGUGUGCAGCUGUGCAUGCAACGGGCGGCUGUCUAUUUGCGUGGUGCUGGUGGAUUCUCACAAUCACCCCAGCCUUACUCUUAUACAAAAUACCCCUCCGGUCAAAUAUCAACUUACAAAAUUCCUAAAAGUCAACCAUUUGUUGUGUUUGAAGAAUGCACGCAUCCGUCACAGGCCCUCCUUUACAGGCUUUCUGGUGAUUACAAUCCAUUGCACUCAGAUCCUAGAGUUGCCGAAAUAGCCGGAUUUUCUCGUCCAAUCUUGCACGGACUGUGCACUCUUGGGUUUGCAAUUAGAGCCAUCAUUAAUAGCAUCUGUAGGGGAGACCAAAACAUGAUCCGCAACAUAACUGGGAGAUUUCUGUUACAUGUAUACCCAGGUGAAAAAUUGAUAACAGAAAUGUGGAUUGAAGGGUUGAGUGUGAUUUAUCAGGUGAAGGUCAAAGAACGAAACAAGGCUGCGCUUUCUGGCAUAGUCACUCUCAAUCGCUUCGCCUCAUCUCUCUGAUCUCUGAUGUUGCGAACUAAGUUUGCUUGUGGAUUAUGUGCAUCUACUCCUCUUGUGUUUUUAAAUGGCUGAAUUAUUUUGUGGCUGUAGUAAAAAUUUCUCCAUCAAAUAUUUCAAACUACAACUGAAUAAGUAAAAUAACGCUAUGCAAAGAUAUAAAAUCAAUCAUUUGCUGA